GAAAAUGUUCUCUUCCACAAAUAGUUCUAUCAAUCCUUUUCCAAACCUUUCUUCUACACCUUACAACCCUUCUCCUGACAUUAUCGACCAUGAAACUAAAGAUAUUUUCCUUUACCACCACCACAAUCCACUCUCAAUUCCUUUAAAUCCAAUCAGUACAGUACCCGCCAUUGACACCGAGCUUAACAUUAUGGCAGCUUCAAACAACGCCAUAAUGUCUAAGCAAGAUGUUCAUGCUCUCAAUGGACAACAAUAUAACCCUUCCCAUUUUCUUUCUGGAAAAAUAUCUAUGAAGAAAGAUAGGAACGCAAAAAUCUACACUUCUAAAGGAUUGAGAGAUAGGAGAGUGAGAUUAUCCAUUGAAAUCGCUCGUAAGUUCUUUGGUCUCCAAGACAUGCUAGGGUUUGAUAAAGCAAGACCCUAGACUGGCUGCUCACCAAAUCAAAAAAAGCCAUUAAGGAAUUAGCGCGGAAUGGAGGUGUGGGAAGUUUGUCUUCUACUUCUACUAAUUGUGAAGUUGUAUCUGAAAUUGGUGACCUAGAGGAGAGAGUACUUUCAAAGAGUGCGUCACUGGCCUGUGUUUCUACUGACAAAAGGAUGAAGAAGUUGAGAAACAGAACAGCCAGUUUUCUUGCCAAAGAGUCAAGGGAAAAGGCUAGAGAAAGAGCAAGGGAAAGGACUUUAGUGAAAAUGUGCACUAGAAGACUCAAUGAGCCAAAAAAAUGUCCUGACUCUAGCCCUAGUUGCUUGAACCAGCAUCAAAUAUCAUGUAAGAAAUCAGCUGCUUACAAUGGGAAAUCCUCCUUGAAGGUUAUCGCUCCUGAUCAAGUUGAAGGUCCUAGCUCCCACUACUCACUUCCCAAUCAAUCGCCUAGAGGAAACAUUUUCGAAGAGUCCUUAGUGAUCAGGAGGAAGUUGAAGCCAUCAGCAACAAAGGGUUACCAGCACAACUUUCCGAUGUUAAGAGAUGCGAGUUGCAACAACAACAGCAGCGCCAGCGACUUACCCAAUUUAGCCCAAAAUUGGGACAUUAGCAGUGCAAAUAUUGCGCACUCCAGCUUCCGUGCUUUCAUCAACAUGAAUCCGUCUACAGAACUACAACUCCAUGGAAAACUUUGGGGGACUGAGAACAAUUGAUGUCAACAAUACAUAAGAUGGUAUAUGAUCAGUACUAUAACUAAAGAUGUAAGCUUCAGUUCUCUCGCUGUAUCUUUUGGUAUCCUAGAAACUGAGUACCUUUAUAUA